CGCAGUCCAACACUUUAUCCACUGAGUCAACUAAAAAGCUAAACUCUUUUUAAAUCCUGUCAUUAUUGUCCUGUGAAACACUUAACACUAUUUUUCUAGGUAAUUUUUUAAAAUCAUCCUUUGGAGAAGGAAUACCAAGUGGAAAAGAACUCCUAACUUGUCAUUGGAAGUUUUGGGUCGAGCCAUUUAAUGUCUCCGUUUGCUCUUAUAGUUCUAAAUUCGGUUAGGGGGAUUUCAGAAUGCAAGAAAUAGCUAGAGGCAAACUUUUAACUAUAAUUUGAUGAAAGAAUCAAAGAGGAAUGACCAGAUAAUUUUUAACACAUCUUUUGUAAAUUUUGGUUUUGAUGUUAGCCUUUUAUUCUCAGUUGCUUUAGGUCGCAACCAGCCUUUGAAAAAGGAGAAACCUAAAUGGAAAAGCGAUUAUCCCAUGACAGAUGGACAGCUGCGCAGCAAAAGGGAUGAAUUUUGGGAUACUGCACCAGCUUUUGAAGGCCGUAAAGAGAUUUGGGAUGCCUUGAAGGCUGCAGCACAUGCUUUUGAGAGCAAUGAUCAUGAACUGGCACAAGCAAUCAUUGAUGGUGCAAACAUAACGUUACCACAUGGUUCACUUACAGAGUGCUACGAUGAACUGGGAAACAGAUACCAGCUUCCAGUCUAUUGCCUGGCACCACCUAUCAACAUGAUAGAGGAAAAGAGCGACAUAGAGACUCUAGAUAUUCCUGAGCCACCUCCUAAUUCUGGAUAUGAAUGUCAGCUCCGUUUGCGCCUUUCCACUGGCAAAGACCUCAAACUUGUAGUCCGCAGCACAGACACAGUGUACCACAUGAAGAGGCGGCUCCACUCAGCAGAGGGAGUGGAACCAAGCAGUCAGCGGUGGUUCUUUUCUGGCAGACCUCUCACUGACAAAAUGAAGUUAGAAGAGCUGAAGAUCCCAAAGGACUACGUUGUACAGGUUAUAAUGAGCCAACCUUUGCAAAACCCAACACCAGUUGAGAACUGAUCUGGUCCUAUUGGCUGGUUCCCAGAUCCCUCCCACUCCUUUGUAUUGUUGUUUCCUACUCUAUGGCGUGAAAUUUAUUUUCACUGCUCUGAAUUCCGUAUAAUGGAUUUAGUUCUGAGGAAUUAUCAGUGAAAAAUUCCAUCUGUGAUGGAGACCAACAAAAAUAAUUAAUAAAACACAAAGAGCUAGCAUUUGAGACUCAUGUAAUUACAAUUUCUAAUUUGAGGGGCAGUUAAGAAAUCGAUAACCAUUUAUUUUCAAACACUCAGCAACUAUGUAAUGGCUGUAUUUAAAUGAUUUGGACUGUACAUAGAACAUCGCAUCAGUGAACAGCACCAAGCACCUUGUGAAUACAGAGUUUUUAUAAAAAUAAAAUAUAACUUCCAAAAAUCAUCAAUAACAAUGAUAAAA